AUGGAAGCAUCUACGAUAGCGGUGCAUUGGCAUGAUGAAAACAAACCAAUAUAUUCAGUUGAUUUUCAACCAACAAAAAAUCAAUCAGAACUGAAUAGAUUAGCAACAGCUGGAGGAGAUAAUAAUGUUCGAAUUUGGAAAGUUGUUGGUACAAGUAUUGAAUAUUUAUCAACAUUAAUAAAACACACUCAAGCAGUAAAUGUCGUUCGAUUCAAUCCACUGGGAGAUGUAAUAGCAACAGCUGGUGAUGAUGGUCAUAUUUUUUUAUGGAAAAAAAAUGAUACUAUACUGAAAGAUAUGAAUAAUGAGAAUGAUAAAGAUUUGAAAGAAAGUUGGCAAGUUGUUUGUGUUAUUACUAUAGGUGAUGAAUUAUCUGAUUUAUGUUGGUGUGAAAAUAAUUUUAUUGCUGUUGGAUCAUUGAAAAAUGUAUUAAGAGUAUUUCGAAUUAGAGCAAUAGAAUCAAUGAAUUAUAAAGGCACAUUAAUAAAAACAUUUGAAGAUAAUGAUCAUUAUGUGCAAGGUCUAAGUUAUUCGAACCAUUAUUUAUUUACUCAAUCUGCUGAUCGUACAAUUAUAACAUAUAAAUUUGAAGGUGAAGAUAUUAUAAAAUUACAUAAAUUUCAAAAAAUUGGUAAUGUUCAAAUGUAUCAAUCAGAAAGUUUACAAUCAUUUUUCAGAAGAUUGAAAACUUCACCCGAUGGAUCCUUAUUAAUAACUCCAGCUGGUUUGGACGAAAAUGGAUCUCAUUGUAUAUAUAUAUAUUCUUUAAAAAAUUUAUCUGAUGGUCCAAUAAUAAGAUUAACUGGGUUCAACAAACCUGCUAUUGCUAUUGCUUUUAAUCCAAUAAAAUAUGAAUCAACUAGUUUACCUUAUACCUUGGUAUUUGCUAUAGCUACAAUAGAUAGUGUUAUUAUUUAUUCAACAGAAAAUAAAUUCGCACCUUUGGGACAAGUAUCAAAUUUACAUUAUCAAGGUAUAACAGAUUUGGUUUGGGAUAAAGAUGGUUCCAAAUUAAUUAUAAGUUCAAUUGAUGGAUUUUGCUCAAUUAUAAAGUUUGAUACUGGAAAAUUUGGUACUCCCAUAAAAGCUGAACACAUUGUAAAAGAAAUCAGUCAAAAUAUACCAUUAAAAGAAUCAACAAAUAUUAAAGCAUCACCAGAACAUAAAAAGACUCCUACCAUUGAUACAUUUUUCAAUAAUUCUAAAUCCAAACAAACACCAAAAAAGGAAAAAAAAAGAAUUACACCAACUUUAAUACCAAAAUAA